AUGGGUGCUUGGGGACACGACCUUUUCCAAUCGGACCAUGAUCUCGACAUGGUCUCCGAAAUGACCCAUGACGCUGGCCUCUAUAAGCUAGAGGAGGAAGCAAUCGCCAAAGCCAAGGCAGCAGGUGAAUCAGAUGCCGAAAAGCAAAUCUACUAUAACCUAUACGGCCCAUCGCAUCCUGACGUCGUCCGCCAUCACCUUGAUUCCGGCGUCCUUGUCGACCUCAUCGAGAAGAAGAAGGCCAAGAUGCUUGCUCCACCAAACCGGUUGGACUUUCUCCGGGACCCUUGCUACGAGUAUGUUCUUCUCGGUGCGUGCGCCAUGGGCCUUGGCUGCACUCUCCCGUCCGACUACCUGAACAUGCUCAAGAAGGUCUACACCGAGGGUGGCUUGAUGUCCGGUGCUUUGAUGCAAAUGCGCAAGGCUCUCUUCGGACCGGAUGGCUUCACCAAUGGCGUUCCGUACGACUUCGAGUCGAAAGAUCUUAUCGAGACUGCCAAUUCCAUGCACGACGAGGAUCGCCAGCCAGGUGCCUCGGGCUUCGUGAGCCUGAACGUCAUUGGUCCAGGUGGGUUCUUCAACACCGGCAUGGGUGACUCUUCCACUUCUACGAUCAUCAAAGAGCUUCGUGCUCAGCAUGCCAAACCGGAUGCGUGUGGUGGCUGCGGUGUGAAGGCACAGCAGAGUGGCGCGGCGCUGUUGCAGUGCGCAAAGUGCAAGAAUAGGAGGUACUGCAGCUCGACAUGCCAGAAGAAGCAUUGGAAGGUCCACAAGAGGGUCUGCGAUCCCACUCUCUACUAA